GGCCCGCGAAAACCCUAACCCCGCGGUUCGCCUCAUUCAAAGUGGAGUAACGGUGGCCUAUCUCUUCUCCAACGAGUUACAGAGGCGGCUAACUCACUCUCAGGGCUCAUCUGAACUCUAUUUUACACUACUAUAUAUCAAUAUUAGUUAGUACAAAGUAGACAAAGGAAGCACUAUCGUCUUGACAGGCUGACGGCAGAAAACAGUUGGUAUCAAGAAACCAAGCAACAAAAGCGAAGGAGUGAUAGUUAUGUUUCGGUUUGUUGCAGCUCAUUCUCCUGCCACGCCUAUCACUGCUAUUUCACUUGGAGAACCCCGUGCCCGGUCCUUUCUUAAGGAAGCCUCUCCUUCGCCGCUUCUUUCUUUAUUCACCCGUAUAUCUGUACACACUCAUUCUGUGCUGCGACGGUCGUGUUCUACUCUUAAAGCCAUGGCUGAUGCUGAAACCAUCACUGUUACAAAGACUGCUUCAUCAUCUGCUUCUGGAAAGAAGCUAGCUCUGAUAUCAUUGUCAGAUAAGAAAGAUCUUGCAUUUCUAGGAAAUGGGCUUCAAGAAUUGGGCUAUACAAUUGUUUCGACUGGGGGAACAGCAUCUACUUUGGAAACUUCUGGGGUACGUGUGACUAAAGUGGAGGAGCUAACAAGUUUUCCUGAAAUGCUUGAUGGCCGUGUAAAGACCUUGCAUCCUUCUAUACAUGGGGGUAUUCUUGCUAGAAGAGACCAAAAGCAUCAUAUGGACGCCCUAAAUAAACAUGGAAUUGGCACAUUUGAUGUUGUUGUGGUAAACCUGUAUCCCUUCUAUGAAAAGGUCACCUCAUCUCAGGAGGUUGACUUUGAAGAUGGAAUUGAGAACAUUGACAUUGGUGGCCCCGCUAUGAUCAGAGCUGCGGCGAAGAAUCAUAAGGACGUUUUGGUGGUUGUUGAUACACAAGACUAUCCUGCACUGCUUCAAUUUUUGAAAGGAAGUGAGGACGACCAGCAAUUUCGCAGAAAGCUUGCUUGGAAGGCGUUUCAACAUGUAGCUUCUUAUGAUUCUGCAGUCUCGGAAUGGCUGUGGAAGCAAACUGUUGGAGAUAAAUUCCCUCCCAGCUUUACUGUGCCUCUUUCCCUCAAAAGUUCUCUUCGCUACGGGGAAAAUCCUCAUCAGAAGGCUGCAUUUUAUGUUGAUAAGAGUCUUUCUGAGGUCAAUGCUGGUGGUAUUGCAACAGCAAUCCAACACCAUGGAAAGGAGAUGUCAUAUAAUAACUACUUAGAUGCUGAUGCAGCUUGGAACUGUGUAUCAGAGUUUAGGAACCCUACGUGUGUAGUUGUGAAGCACACAAAUCCAUGUGGUGUAGCUUCACGCGACGAUAUUCUGGAAGCAUAUAGGCUAGCUGUGAAAGCUGAUCCCGUGAGUGCAUUUGGUGGCAUUGUAGCCUUCAACAUCGAAGUUGACGAGGUUCUCGCCAGGGAAAUUAGGGAGUUUAGAAGCCCUACAGAUGGUGAAACUCGGAUGUUUUAUGAGAUUGUUGUUGCACCCAAGUACUCAGAGAAAGGGCUUGAAAUCUUGCGUGGGAAAUCGAAGACUCUACGAAUUCUUGAGGCAAGCAAAAAUGAGAAAGGAAAACUAUCACUCAGGCAAGUUGGUGGUGGUUGGUUAGCACAGGAUUCAGACGAUUUGGUUCCACAGGAUAUACAAUUCAACAUAGUUUCUGAAAAGGCUCCUCAAGAAAGCGAGCUUCAAGAUGCAGAGUUUGCAUGGUUGUGCGUCAAGCAUGUUAAGAGCAACGCCAUUGUGAUAGCCAAGAAUAACUGUAUGUUGGGUAUGGGAAGCGGGCAACCAAAUCGUCUCGAGAGUUUGAGGAUAGCCUUGAGGAAAGCAGGGGACGAGGUGAAAGGAGCAGCUUUGGCUAGUGAUGCAUUCUUCCCAUUUGCUUGGAAUGAUGCAGUGGAAGAAGCAUGCCAGAGUGGAGUAGGUAUUAUUGCUGAGCCUGGGGGCAGCAUUCGAGAUCCCGACGCUAUUGCCUGCUGCAACAAGUACGGCGUGUCCCUUGUAUUCACCAAUGUAAGGCAUUUCAGGCAUUGAUGAUGCUCGUUUGGGCCUCUGGUUCUCCUCGCCCUUCGGGCCCCGCUCCGCCCUGCCCGUGAAAUCUUUUAAGCUUUAGUUUGGACACCACAAGAUGUGAACAUCUUUCUUGUUGCAGAGGUUGGCGUGGUUGUAAAACAAGCAAUUCAUGUCGUGAAAUUUCAUGUGCUUGAAAUGGGUUUACAUGAAUCCUAUAACUUACAAUAAAUAAUAAAACGCCUCUGGAUAAUGGAUAUCUUGAAGUAUGUUCUUUUUAAA